GGAUGGCAGCAGUAUCCGUAUCCGCAAGUGCAAGUGGUGUGUCCUCUGUCCUCGUGAUACAGACGCCGUGUUGAGUGUACACAACAAAGCAGCGCGCCAACCCAACCACUCUCACCCUCCUCAUCCUCAUCACCUUCCUCCUAACACACCUUUCUUCCACUGCCCAAUGCUCUUUUCAUUCCUCUCCCUCCCACAUUCCGUUUCCUUUCCCCAGGAAUCUUUUGUCGCCGCAACGUUUUUCUCCCUUGAUUCAAACUCACGCUUUCUUUUUUUUUUUUCUGAUUUUGUGCGCCAGAAGAUGAAUGGUGCGGUGCUUUCCCAAUAGAAUUAUUCAACCUGCCGUUUGGGUUUCCAGGUGCGGUUAACAAAACCUGAUGUUGGGACCUUGCCUCACAGUAGAGGUGUAGUCAUCUUUUAGCAGAGAAUCAGUUUCAUGGUCCCCUGCUAUUCAUAAUGACAGUUGCUAGAAGGACUGCCAUGGCUUUCAAGACAUAUCAGAACCAUGCUGAGACAUUGGUUAAGAACUAUGUGCUCUCUGAUCCUUUUAUUCCAUACACUUCUGUACUUGGUGGCAUGUUUGCUUGCAAAAUGGUCUAUGAUCUAUCUCAAUUGAUCAGUACAUUUUACUUCAGGAGUUACAUUACCCUUACAAAAAUUCAACGGACUGAAUGGAACAACCGUGCCAUCUCAACCAUCCAUGCCAUCUUCAUUUCGAUUAUGUCUUUGUACUUUGUCUUCUGGUCCGAUCUUUUCUCGGAAAACUAUCCAGCUGGCCUUCUGACUUUUCGAAAUUCAUCAAUGUCAACCUUUACAUUAGGGAUCUCUAUUGGGUACUUUAUUGCAGAUCUUGGAAUGAUUUGCUGGCUUUAUCCUGCUCUAGGUGGAAUAGAGUAUGUUCUUCAUCACGCCCUUUCAGGAAUUGCUGUAGCAUAUUCCAUGUUUACUGGAGAAGGGCAACUUUAUACUUUCAUGGUGCUCAUAUCCGAGUUAACGACUCCAGAGAUCAACAUGAGAUGGUAUCUUGACACGGCUGGAUUGAAGAGAUCGAGUGCAUAUGUGAUCAAUGGUGUUGUGAUUUUUAUUGCUUGGUUGGUUGCCAGAAUUCUGUUGUUUGUUUACAUGUUCUAUCAUGUAUAUGUCCACUAUGAUGAGGUGAUGCAAAUGCACCCCUUUGGAUCUCUCUUGGUAUUUGUAGUGCCCGCAAUCCUUGGCGUAAUGAACCUGGUGUGGUUUGGGAAGAUCGUUAAGGGAUUGAAGAAGACGUUGGCAAAGACGCAGUAAAUGAACUCCUUAGUACGAUUUCUUCUUCACCCCCACCCCAUGUUAAUACAAUUUCCUAUUGUACAAAAUACAAACUGGUUGGCAGAUACCGAGAGAGAAGUAGAUUGGACUCUCGAGAAAAUGACUGAAAUAUAUGGAGGAGACUAAACACUAGGAUAGCGAUUCUACUUAACUGUCAAAAGGAAAAGAAAAAAACGCGAUUGUGUUGUCUGUUAAGAAGGCGGUGUGUAAAACCGGGGGGUUUCAAGAGAAUCUGAGAAUGGUUUCUUUCACAGUGCACUUAUUUUGUGUAAAGGAAAGCUGCACAGGAAAGAGGAGGAAAUUGCAGUGGACAAGAUUUAUGUAUGUAGUUUUGUCCAUACAUUUGAAGCUUAUGUUGUCUUGAAAUCAAUUGUGUUGGAAUGGAUCUGUUGAAUACUGAAUCUGAUAGUAUAAUUCUACUCUUUCAACCAA